AUGGCUGGUAAUUUAAACCUUUACGAUUUUAAUGGCUCGAUUAGACGGAAUAAAUUGCAAGAAGCGAUUUUUUCUGAUUUGGCUAAAAAAGAGGAUUUCAUGAAAAAAAUUAAUGAAGAACGUAUUGAAAGACAGGAACGUUCCAGGCGAAAAAUAGCAGCUGUCAAAAUACAAUCUGUAUAUCGGGGAUAUCGUAUUAGGAAGCAAUUUCAUGUCUUUUUGCGAAAUCUUUUCGAUAAAGCAGGUCCAGUACAAAGCGUUACACUAUUGGAAACGCAAAUUUGUCGUUUGGCAUUCUUCUUCCGAUAUGAUGUUGACCGUGAAAGAACUUUAACAUUGUGCAGUGAAGCAGUUAUGCUAGCACAAGUUGUAAAAGCGAACAAUUUAUUGGAUCGAAGGAGACGACGGCAACUUUUACGGUGUGCACUUGUGCUUCUGCAACACACCGAUCGAACCAAAUCGUGCACCUCUGCAUUGCGGUUUUGUGAAGUUUAUAUAAAGGAAGAAGAUUGCUUAAUUUUGUUGAAUUAUGGCUUCUACUCAUCCAUAAUGAAUUUGUUCUCGAAUUGUCAUCAGCUUUCUUCUCCUUUGUAUAUUGAGGAGAAACUUCCGCAGUACUCAGAAUCACUUUUGCAAAUAUUGGUUUUACCUAUAGAUCGCCUUUCCAAGAAGUCGAAAGCUAUAUAUGAAUUGUUUGACACGAUCUGCAAACCAAGAUUUGAAGCUAUUACUGUUUGUUGCUUAGCACCCUUUCUAGCUCGACUUUGUAAAGCAGGGACUUGGAAACUCGAUGAUAUUAUGGAUGCUUUAUCAAGUAGUGAUUAUCGGUUAUCACAAGAUGUUUCUGCGCUUUUAAUUUCAUAUAUUGUGGCCGUUAUUACUUCGGCAUUUUCAUUAGAAAAAUUAAGCGAUUUGGAAAAAACCAAAUUGAUUGCUGUGUACGCAUCGCUCACACAAAAUUUUACGCCACCACCGGAAGCAGUAUUAACAGAACGAACUAAUAAUGAUGAUUCAGAUACGGAAGACGAAUCAAACGAUACUAUUAUGGCUGCGAUAUCUGAUGUUGAACCAGAAAUUCUGGAAAGAAUUACUUCGCUUUGCACAUUAACUUAUUUCAUACGCAUCCAUUCGUCUGCAAAUUAUAUUUCUCUGACGAACUUAUUUUCUUCAUUUCGGCAGCUAAUUCCAAGUUUAUGGAGGCUAAUAUUGUCCCUUAACACGAAUACGAUGUUUGGAGUGACACAACCACUAAUAAGAAUGCUGGAAAAGGGUGAAAAUAUAUCGAAUUCUGAUGAACAAUCUUUAAUACCGGCUUUAUCAAUAUUUAUAACAUUGAUGAUGAAUGCAUUGAAAAUAGUUGACGAUGACGAUUUCCAAAAUGGUGGUGUUGGAGAUACUGUUUUUCCUCUUACACUAAACCAAAUGGCUGAUAUAGUCGUUCAUUGUCGUGAUCUUACACUUGGCUUAAUCGAUCUCGCAUUUCCUAUUAAUAUUGGACCAUUCCAACAAUCUGUGAUGAAGAGUUCAAAAUGGGCUAAUUUAUUUCAGGAUGUCACCUUGUUAACGAAAGCAUUACACGAACGAGAUAAUCGAGUUUGUGUCAUGCCGCACAAUUUCUGGUCCAAUCAUAAUAGAAAUGUUGUCGUCAAUUCUUCACUGUGGCAAAGUGAAUAUGGUCGUCGACGUCGCGCAAGACGUCCAUUUGAAUUUGUGCGUUUUUUGCUUGAUAAUAGAGAUUCGGAUGCUAAUGAAGACCCUCCAAGUGUCAGUGAGUUGCGUAAUUUAUCGAUCAUCCGCAAUAUUCCUUUCGUUAUUCCUUUUAUGCAGCGAAUUGAGAUUUUCACAGAAUUGCUUCUAAGAGAUCGGAUACGUAAUGAUACAGGCCGAAAUAGGCAUUUUAUCGCUGUACACAGAGCAACUUUGUACGAAGAUGCAUUUAGAGCGUUACAGCCUCACCUUGUUCCCGAUAUGAAAUCAACAAUUCGUGUACAGAUGGUAAAUUGGGCAGGACUAGAAGAAGCUGGCGUUGAUGGUGGUGGCAUUUUUAGGGAAUUCCUUUUCGAACUCCUUCAGACCGCUCUUGAUCCAUCUCGUGGUUUUUUUGCUACAACUCAUGAACAGCUUUUAUAUCCAAACCCUUUGGCACCAUUUCUUUAUCCGAAUAAUUUUGUUGAUCAUUUUUAUUUCAUCGGUCGAAUUAUUGCUAAGUUAAUAUAUGAAGGUUUACUGGCAGACAUUCGUUUUGCCAAUUUCUUCUUGCUGCAGUGGAUGGGAAAUCCGGACGGAACAGUUCUGGAUUUGGAAUUAGUUAAAUCAUAUGAUCCUCUUUUGCACAAAAAUCUGAAGUUUUUGAAGCGUUGCUCAACAGAAGAAAUCGAAAAUCUUGAUCUUGAUUUCAGUGUUAUGACUGAUAAUUUCGGCGUGACGGCGAAGGUAGAAUUAAAGAAAGAUGGUAGUUGCAUCAAAGUAACAGCAGACAACAGAAUGGAAUAUAUACAGUUAUAUGUUAAUUACUAUCUUUCCAAGCGACUUUCACCAAUGAUUGCCGCGCUUCGUAGUGGUUUGAGGAAUGUUAUAGAUCCUGAAUGGUUGCGAAUGUUCUCGCCAUUAGAAAUUUCAAUGUUGGUUGGCGGUAGUGAUUCAGAAAUUGAUUUCAAUGAACUAAAAAAAUUCACGACUGUACAUAACAUAAAGUCAGAACAUGACCAACAGUACAUGGAUCUAUUCUGGUUGGUUAUCAAUGGUUUUUCAUCUGGCGACAAAAAGAAGCUGUUAAAAUUUAUAACUGGUUGUCCACGACCACCCAUAAUGGGUUUUAAGACUUUAACACCGCCAAUGGGUAUUCAGCUCGUCCAUGACGUUGAUAAACUACCGACUGCUGCGACAUGUAUGAAUUUGUUGAAGCUGCCACUAUAUGAUAAUGCUGAAACGUUGCGUCGUAAGCUAAUCUAUGCAAUAAAUUGUGGAGCUGGUUUCGAACUUUCAUGA